UCAAGAACCCUAAAUAUUGCGAAGAAAAAGAGAAGAUUUUCCAGGUUAGGGUUUUCUAUUUUGUCGACGAUGAAUCACCUGGAUCAGCCGAGAGUAGCCAAAUUCCUUCGCGCCUACCUUCUAGCAAAGUAUCUUCGCAAUGACAAUCUCCCCUGCGAGAUCGAGCAGGGGCUCUAUCUCGGAUCGAUCGGCGCAGCGUUCCACAAAGCAGCACUCCAGAAUGUGCAAAUCACUCACAUUCUAACCAUUGCCAACGCUCUCGAGAUGCCUUUCACCCGGGAUUUCAAGUAUAAGCGUGUAGAAGUACUGGACAGUGCCGACUCCAACUUAGCAAGCCAUUUUGACGAUUGCUUCGCGUUUAUAGACGAAGCGAAAGCUUCCGGUGGAGCAGUUUUAGUACAUUGUUUUGCCGGAAGAUCUAGAAGUGUCACAGUGAUCGUGGCUUACCUCAUGAAAUCUCACAGAUGGAACCUCUCGCGAGCGCUGGAGCUCGUCAAGAGCAAGCGUCCGGAAGCGUCGCCCAAUCCCGGAUUUGUUCUCCAGCUCCAGCGAUUCGAGCAGCAGCUCCGCUUGCAUCCAGGCACUAGCAUUUAAAUCUCUCCUCGCUCCUCCCCUUUUUCUCCUCGCAGUUCUCGGUGCUCCUGAUCGAGUUUUUCUCGUUUUCCUUGGUUGCAGAAGCUCUUCGCGAGAGAUGAAAGUAUCUAAAGUUCCAUAGAAAAGGACGAUCCAAAGCUUUGUUCUACCACAAACACACAGACAAUAUAACAAAAGUUUUGAUAUUUAA